AGCCCCCAGCCCAGGCCACCACCACAGAAAAACGGACACAACCACCCCGAAAGUUAAACCAGCCUCGCUCGCACCCGAACGGCCGAACGGUCCGCAGCGCAGCCACUCACUCACUCGCCAAGAAAGCAGGAGCGCGACGCGGGCCGCAGCCAUGAGCGGCGCGGAGCACAAGGAGAUCGCCGUCGUCGCCGCCAAGAGGCGGAGGGACGGCAAGGAGGAGGCUGCGGCGGCGGCGGAGGAGGCGGAACCGCUGUCGGCGCUAGCGGACGACGUGCUGCUGCAGAUCCUGGGCCGCCUCGAGGGGGACCCGCGCGACUGGGCGCGCGCGUCCUGCGCGUCCCCGCGCCUCGCCGCGCUCCUCCGGGCCGCCUGCUUCCCGCCGCGUCUCUCCCGGGCGCUCCCCGCCGAGCUGCUCCCCGCGGACGGGGCGCCCGCCGCGUGGGCCGCGCUCCACAAGAUGUCCGUCUGCUGCCCCGGCCUCCUCCGCGCCGGGGUCCUCCUCGAGCCCUCCGACGACUUCGGCCUCGAGCUCGACAUCGGCCCCGACCUCACCGUCCCCGCCUCCUCAUCCUCAUCCCUCGAGCCCACGGCCACCUCCUCGCUCCAGCCGCCCAAGGCCGCCGCGCAGGCCGAGCCGAGACCCAGCGACGACACACUAGCCACCGCGGACGCCGCCGCGUGGUCCCUCUACGAUGACCUGUACCUGGACGCGGCCUACGACUGCUCCGAGACGCAGAUCGCCGCCGCGCCCGCGCCAGCGGCAACGGCAGAGGAGAAGGAGGCGCCGCCGGCAGCCAAUGCCGUCCGGCGCGGCGUAGUGUCGGGCACCCGCCGGCGGGCGCGGCGGUGGCUGGGGCCCGUGGGCGCGCACCUGGCGUCGGGGUCCUGGACGCUGAGCCGCGAGCAGGGCAACAAGCUGCUGGCCAGCCGGUUCCGCGGCGACCGGCUGUACAUCUGCGAGUGGCCCGGGUGCGUGCACGCGGAGGAGCGGCGCAAGUACAUGGUGUUCCGCGGCGUGUUCCAGGACUUCGCGCGCUCCCAGGUGCGGCGCGCGCUGCGGGACACGCGCCGCCCCACCGUCGCCGUGGACUGCGCCUUCUGCGGCUGCACGGAGGCGUGGGACCUCUACUCCGCCUUCUGCCUCCGCAGCUUCUACGGGUACCACGACGACGGCGAGCCCGUGGUGCGCGCCUACGUCUGCGAGAACGGCCACGUCGCCGGCGCCUGGACCGAGCGCCCGCUCUACGCCUGACCGCCUGCUCCAGUGCAGCGGCGGCGACAUGACAGGCAUACUAGAGACGCUCUGCCAUUGUUGAAUCGAUCGCCAAACAGCAUAUCUCGCAGGCUCUUACGAUAAGUUCGGUGUGUGCAUGGCCGCGAUGUGGAUCUCGGCGAGCUCCGAGUGAUGCAUCUGUUCUCUUGUAUCUUUUCAUCUGAUGUAGUAACUCUGGCUGAUGCUUAGCAUAAAAGAAGAAUGAAAGCUCAUGGAUUUUUUACAUAA